AUGGUGAUAACUGGUCACUUUGUAGAUGCUAAUUGGAGGUUUCAGAAGCGUGUUCUCAAUUUUGUGCAUGCUUCUCCACCUCGUCGUGGGGUUGAUAUUGUAGAUGCCAUUUAUAAAUGUUUAAAGGAGUGGGGACACGAGAACAAGGUGUUUACAGUUUCUAUGGAUAAUGCAUCAUAUAAUGAUUAUUGUUUGAGGUUUUUGAGAGAGAUCUUUUCUAGGAAUAAGAGGUUGCUUUGUGAUGGAAAAUUGUUUUGUGUUCGAUGUUGUGCACAUAUUCUGAAUUUGUUGGUUCAAGAUGGUCUUGGUGAAAUUGGUCACAUCAUAGAAAAUGAUCGUGAGAGUGUCAAAUACAUUAACCAAUUUGAGGCUAGGAAACAAACAUUUUCUGAAAUUGUACAACAAUUACAACUUGGUACAAAGAAAUUUCAAGAAAGGGAACAAAACUAUGACUACUUGCCAACUCCUGAAGAAUGGGAAAUGGUGGAAAAGAGUGACAUAUAUAGGGUGAAAGAAAUUUUGAACUUGAAGGCAAUGGAUGAAAAUGAUUUCAUUAGAAGGAUGGUUAAAAAGAUGAAGGGGAAGUUUGAUAAGUAUUGGAAAAUCUAUUCAGAAGCUGAAGCUAUAAAUAACAUUGAGCAAGUUCAAGGAGCUUUGUACCAACUUUAUGAUGAGUAUGUAGCUGCUUAUAAUGCUAGUAGUGAGCAAUCAUCCACUCAAGGGAAAGGUAGCAAAAGAUCUUUUUCAAAUUUUAGUUCUAAUUCUCAAUUAUCAACAAGCUCAGGAUGGUCAAAGUUGAUAAAUUAUGUGAAGAGAGUUGAGACCAUUCCACCACUAAAAUCAGAGUUGGAUAUGUACCUUGAGGAGGUUGUAUAUAUUUGUGAGGAUGAAAAGUCACAUUAUGAGUUCAAUGCUUUGGAAUGGUGGAAGGUUAAUAAUUUGAAAUAUCGUGUGUUGUCAAAGAUGGCAGCUGAGAUUCUUGCCAUUCCAAUAUCCACAAUAGCUUCAGAAUCUACAUUUAGUGCUAGUGGUAGGGUAAUUGAUCCCGAUCGUGCAUCUUUAGCUCUAGAAACCGUUGAAGCUCUGAUUUGUGGAGGGGAUUGGAUUCGUGUGCUUCAUGGUGUGAAGAAAAAACAGAAGGUGGAUAAAAAGCCAAUUUAG